GUGUGCUCAUGUAGCGAGAUCGUAGUGCGAGGUCAGGAGCUCUCUGCCUUCGGCGGACAUAUACGCUCCAAAUUACAACCAGCAUUCCUUUCCGUGGUGAGCGUGGAUAGGGGCGGGUCGCAGAGUCGUGUUUCGCGCUCGCCUGCUAAGGCGCUCCUUACCGUGAUCAACCUCAGAACACUAACCUCCCACCAUGACGAAGCGAACGAAGAAGGCCGGCAUUGUCGGCAAGUAUGGAACGCGGUAUGGCGCCAGUCUGAGGAAGCAGAUCAAGAAGAUCGAAGUGAGCCAGCACUCCAAGUUCUUUUGUGAAUUCUGCGGCAAGUUCUCUGUCAAGAGACAAGCCGUGGGCAUAUGGUCGUGCCCUGAUUGCAGAAAGGUUAAGGCCGGCGGAGCGUACACUCUGAACACAGCGAGUGCGGUGACAGUACGGAGUACCAUGCGGCGCCUGAGAGAGCAGAUCGAGGGAUAGUUCAUCUCGGGAACGCUUUCGGCGGUUACCUUCUCCGUUUCUCGCUUGCAGUCCUGUUAGACAGGUUCAUCGUUUUCGUGGGCAUUCCACGGUAUGAUCAUUUGCGGCUCGCGCAGUUUAUGAGGGAUAACGGCAAGCUAAAGAACCCACGGGGGUUUUCAAGGAUGCGAUUGGAUGAUGGAUUCGGCCCAAGCUGUGGGUCGGUUCUUCCUUGUGAAGAACCCUCUGAUUAGGGUUGCGCGGAGGGAGUGAUGGGGCGACACAGGGAAAUGCAUUUCCACGGGGAACAGGAAAGGGAUUGGGAAUCAGGAGGCAAAGACGAGGCAAUCUGAAGUUGUUAGAUCGCCAGUUUGUGGUUAUGUAUUUGUGGUGUCGGACGGAUCGAGGUAGGGCAGGUGCUGGGUUUUUCGAGGGUUGUUUCUAGACGAAUUACUGCAAUGGUGUACUUGCACAAUGCUACGGCCGACUCUCUUGUUAUGUGUGAUUUAGCAUUUCGUACUUUGAAGUGAAAGUUCUAUCCGCGGUUUAUUGGUUUGGUUGUGAGCUUCUCCCCAAUGCUCUCUUGUGCUUCCUUUGCGUGAUUCCGUUUUGACGUUGCCUCUUAUCUCAACCAUGAACCCUUGUGUACGCCUCUACUUUGCACGCCUAAUUCAGAUGAGGACUUUUCCGUCUGUAUCUGUAUGUACUUCGAGAUGAAGGGCCUCCUGUAUAAGACUUAGUAUGAGUUAGCCCUAAUGUGAUUUUGAAUGAGCAUUUCAGCGCUGUCUUCGAUGUGUGUGUAAUUUGCUUGGGCGGCGUGGCUUUGGGCUCCUAAUGAUUGCGGUACUGGAGCAUGGAAAAGACUCGUGCAUCUCGACAUAACAGCAAUUGAAAUUGAUGGGAGUAAUGAAUCAGCUUUAUAGUU